ACCACAAGCACUCGCCACCAACAGCACCAACCAUAACCACAACGUCGCCAUCGCAUGAACAUGUCCUCCCAUCGAUUCCUCUCUCUCUCCACGCCCUCUCCUCCGGCAGCAUGUCGCUCUCCCGCCUAUCUCUCGCGAGACCGAUGGUCCACCGCCAGGCUUUCCCGUCUUCCGGGUGUUCGGCCUUCCGGGGAUGACGACAAGCGACUUCGCUACGAUAUCCGCCCCAGAUGCAGCGCCAUAUCCAAACCUCUCUCCGAAGAAUAUGACGUGCUGCAAAAUGGUCUGCCAAUCAUCAAGUGGCGAGAGAUUGUGGAAGAUGACUUAGGAGUCGAAGGCUUUAAGGUUGCUUAUCCAUCGAGUGAGAUCGAGGAUCGUGUGGAAGCAACCAAGUCGAUGUUGUGGUCGAUGAGCGACGGGGAGAUAAGUGUAUCACCCUAUGACACGGCUUGGGUUGCUCUCGUACAGGACAUCAACGGGAGUGGUAAGCCUCAGUUCCCAGAAGCUUUACAGUGGAUCGCGGACAAUCAGCUUCCGGACGGUUCUUGGGGCGAAGGUCUCAUCUUCUCUCCCCAUGAUCGAAUCAUCAACACUUUGGGUUGUGUCGUAGCUCUAAAGUACUGGAAGAUCCAUCUUGACAAAUGCGAACGAGGAAUGCAAUUCUACAAAGACAACAUAUCUAAACUUGGAGAGGAGAACUCCGAGCACAUGCCUAUUGGGUUCGAAGUUGCUUUUCCUUCGCUCAUCGAGACUGCCCGGAAAUUAGAGAUCGAGAUAUGCGACGACUCUCCCGUCUUGCAAGAGAUAUAUGCGAAGAGGAAUUUGAAGCUCAGCAAGAUACCAAAGGACAUAAUGCACCAAGUGCCCACAACUCUACUCCAUAGCUUGGAGGGAAUGGAGGGCUUGAAUUGGGAAAAGCUUUUGAAAUUGCAGAGCGCAGAUGGGUCAUUCUUGUUCUCUCCCUCCUCCACUGCAUUUGCACUCAUGCAAACCAAGGAUGCCAAUUGCUUGAAUUAUUUAAGCAGAGCAGUCCAAAGAUUCAAUGGAGGAGUUCCGAACGUGUAUCCGGUUGACUUGUUCGAACAUCUGUGGACCGUUGACCGUUUGCAGCGACUCGGAGUCUCUAGGUACUUCGAGGAAGAGAUCAAAGAAUGCAUGAGCUACGUUUCCAGAUAUUGGAGUGACAAAGGGAUCUGCUGGGCAAGGAAUUCUGUGAUCAGUGAUAUUGACGACACUGCCAUGGGAUUCAGGCUCUUGAGACUCCAUGGCCAUGAAGUGUCUGCCGAUGUGUUUCAGAGAUUUAAGAGAGGGAAUGAGUUCUUGAGCUUCGAGAGGCAAUCGACAGAGGCGGUCACCGGGAUGUUCAAUCUCUACAGGGCCUCUCAGUUGAUGUUUCCAGGAGAGAAGAUCCUCGAAGACGCGAAUAGACAUGCGGUGGAGUUUUUGAGACGGAAACAAGAAGCCAACGAGCUACUCGAUAAGUGGGUCAUAGCCAAGGACUUACCCGGCGAGGUCGGGUAUGCUCUGGAUGUUCCAUGGUACGCGAGCUUACCUCGCGUCGAGACGAGAUUUUACAUAGACCAGUAUGGCGGCGAAAGCGACAUUUGGAUUGGCAAAAGUCUCUACAGGAUGGGGUACGUGAACAACAAUGUCUAUCUCGAGCUCGCAAAGCUGGAUUACAACCAUUGCCAAGCUUUGCACCUCUCGGAAUGGGACAAUUUUCAGAGGUGGUAUUGCGAGAGCAAACUCGUGGACUUUGGGACAAGCGGGAAGACUCUUCUUUACUCUUAUUUCAUGGCGGCGGCAAGCAUUUACGAACCGGAACGGGCGAGAGAGCGGCUUGCGUGGGCCAAAACAAGCGUGUUGGUGGACGGAAUUGCCUCCUACUUUGAGGGCGAGGGGAACUCUCGCAAGCAAAGAAGAGCCUUUGUUCGCGAGUUCCAGCAAUUCUCCAAGAAACAGAAGCACAUAAACGGGAGGAGCUCCGUUCCCAACAAGGGAGGACACGGGCUCAUUGCAGCUCUGCUUGGAACCCUAGACCAGCUCUCCUUGGAAGUCUUGGUGGCUCGCGGUGAAGACAUUGGCCAUCCUCUACGUACUGCGUGGGAAAAGUGGCUGGUGGCAUAUGAAGAGGAAGGAGAUAAGUACAAAGGAGUGGUUGAACUCCUCGUGCAGAUGACCACCCUUGGUGCCGGCGACGACAGCUCUCUCUCGGACGACCUCUCUUCCCAUCCUCAGUACCGCCGCCUAUGCGAUUUUGCCGACACGAUCUGCCGUUGCUUGGCUCGCUGCCAUACCCAAGAGGUCUGCGAGGAAGAGAGCAUCCAUACGGAAACGGCCAUGCAAGAGCUGGUGCAGCUGGUGCUCCAGGAUCCGACGCCCGGGCUCAACAGAGGCGUGAAGGAAGCCUUCUUCGCGGUCACCCGAAGCUUCUACUACACCGCCCACUGCGAUCCCGGGACGAUAAACUCCCACAUUGCCAAAGUGCUCUUCGAGACAGUAAACUAGGAUUCAGCAACGCAAAAUGAACGAGGGAUUAGGUAAUGUGGAUGUAUAGCUCCCAUCUGCACUUGGUUAGCCACUUAGGGAAAAAAAGAAGCAAAACGGUAUGGACGAAACAAGGAAAGCCAAAGAAAAGAAAGCAAGCCUGUAGAAAGACAAUGCUUCACAUUUCAGAAGCAGAGGGGAAAUAUAUAAGUAACUAAAUGGGAUGAUUCUCAAUGCUUCAUUUGGUACAUUCGAAAGUAAUACUACGUGCAUGUGUAGUUUCAUUCCUUGUGCCAUGGCA